AAAAUAUUUUCUUGAAAAGAAAAGAAGAGGCGAGCUAAGCUAGCUGGACUGACAUGAGGCCGCCGCUGGCGUCGUCGUCUUCUUCUUCUUCCAUUGCUGCCGCCGCUGCAACGGCUCCCUCCUCCUCCUCCUCUGCUCCUCCGGCCACAACCAGGAGAGCACUGCUCUUGUCCACCUCGCCCCUCACGCUCGCCGCCGUCGUUCCUGCAGUGGCCCAGGCCGCCGCCAACCCCUUCUCCACGCCCUACUCCCAGUCCCGGACGCUGCAGCUCGGCCUCGACACCAAAGGGAAGAUUCGGACAUGCCCCUCCACCAAUCCCGGGUGCGUCUGCACAAACCCCACCGUCGGCGCCUCCUCCUCCGUCGCCUCCCCGCUCAUCAUCCCGGACUCCACCUCCGCCGACGCUGCCGCUCAGUUGUUGCGGCAAGCCAUCCUCAAGACGCAGAAGAAUGUCAGCUUCAACAUUGAUCAGCAAACUCCCCACGGCCACUACAUCCAGGCGGAGGUGGACGGCGGCUUCGGCCGGGACGUGAUGGAGUUCCUUGUGAAGAAGGACGCCGGCGUGGUGGCCUACCGCUGCGUCGCCACCAAGGUCACCUUCGUCUACCCCUUCACCACCGCCAUCGGUGACUCGCGGGGCCAGGAGCAGAGGGUCGCCGCCGUCGCGCAGGAGCUCGGCUGGUACGCGCCCGACAUAAGAUCCUCCGUCGACGACGUUGCUACAUAAUUAAGCUAUGUAUGUAACGCGCCGACUGUGAGAUGCAUUUCAAGAUCAAACGGCAUGCGUGCAUGAGAUUGGUGUAUGUAUGUAGAUCGAUCGAUCAUGGUCAGUUGGUCACUGGCUCAGAUAAUUUGUCGUCCAAUAGCCACCGCGCGAUGUGUACUACUAUGGAUUUUUAUGCUUGGAAACUUGGAACUCCAAUUUUUCAUUUGA